CUUCCGACGUUUUGUUUUGUGCGAGAAAUUUUUAUGAAAACCUCUUAGAAAAUAAUAUCAUUUCGGUUGCAAAUUGUGUUUGUUUUUAUAAAAUCUGUUUAUCUACGAUGGGCAAGCCGACGAGUCGCCGAUCUAAAAGCUCAGCCUCGUCAUCGUCAACUAACAGAAAAGAUAGAAUGAAUUCGCGGAUGAGUAUCAAAAAAAUUGAAAAACGAAGAAAAAAAACGCAUAACAAAACAAAUAAUAACAUAAAAAAGCUAUUUGAAAAACUACGCAGAGAUAGCAAUACCUCCCUUGAGUCUGAUAAUACAGUAGUGGCGAUUUCAUAUCAUGGCACAGAAACAUCACCAAGAAACAGAUUGAAAAGAAAAAUGGAAUCUGAUGAUAUCCGUGAGAUCAAACAAAGAAAGUUUAGCAACUCCAGCUGCAUCAUAAUUGACGAUGGUGAUCUUAUUACAAAUAAUGAAUUUUGCAAUGCCUCAACUCCCUUCAAGGCUCCAUUAAAAGAACAAUGCUCUACACCAAUAAAAACUGAAACCAAAGUUAACGAUUUAAUAAUUUCAACUGAUACAAUAUCUGGUACAAAAUUGAACAAUAACUCAAUGAUUGCACAAAAUUUCAACAAAGAAGUAGCAGAUCUGACAAAGGAGAUUAAUGCAGAUUCUUAUUUAACAAUAGACUUAACAAAUGAGACUGUAAAUUCUAGUUUAAAUCAAACAACAAAUACUGUGAUUGAUUUGGCGAACCAAACUGAUAACGAUGAUUGUACUUUAAUAUCCAUAAGUGAUACAAAUCUUUCUAUGAGUGGGGAAUCAGAUGUCACUGUGUUGAAUAUGGCACACAAGAAACAAAAGCAUAUACGAAAAUUUGCACGUGGUAUUGCAAAGUUGGAUGCUUCAGAGAAAGGUAGACUACUGGAGCUGAUUACUCAGAACAUUUUCAGUGGUUGCAGUGUUCCAAAAAUGAAACAGAGUAAACAUGGGGUUGAAGCUGCUAUUGGCACGAAAAAGGAUUCGAGCACAGCAACAGAGACCGUUCAAGAUUCGUACAUUAAAGAAGUGAUAUUAGGCCAAGCGAGCUCACGAAAUAGUAUAGGCAGCAAUAUUUACAAUCCGGCACGGGAUGCCAAGAUCAAGACCGGUCUUAGAAUGAUUGUCAUAGAUGGUAGCAAUGUAGCUAUGCAGCACGGCAAAGGCAGGGUAUUUUCAGUGCGAGGCCUGAAUAUAUGCAUAGAUUAUUUCCUGAAACGCGGCCAUAUUAUCAAGGCGUUCGUGCCACGAUUCAGGUGCAAGUUCGGCAAGAGCACGGAGCCACGAUUGCUGGACAACCUGGAACGGAGAGGGUUGGUGGUAUACACGCCUUCUAGGGAAAUACAAGGGCGCAUGGUGACGUCGUAUGAUGAUAGAUACAUUGUACAAUGUGCGGCCGAGUUCGACGGUGUUAUAGUAUCGGGUGACAACUACCGGGACCUACUAAAAGAAAAUCCCCGAUGGCGGUUUGUGAUAGAAAACAGAUUGCUCCCUUUCACAUGGGUCCAUGACAUGAUUAUGUUCCCUAAAGACCCACUGGGCAGGAAUGGCCCCACACUCGAACAGUUCUUAAAGCAUCCUAAUCGUGAAGUUGUGGUAUCUAAAUAAUCACUUUCUGAUAAUGUUAAGGCAGAUAAAAAUAUGCAGAGAAAUCAGUAUGUCGGCAAACGAACAAAGUGUAACUUUAUCGUGAAAAAAAAUACGAUUUUUAUUGUAUGAUAACUGACAUACUAUUCUUUUUUAAAAAGUUCUUCGUGUGGCCAACGAUGAACUUACUAGUAGUUCUAUUGAUGUUUUUAUUUAAAAAAUCUUUUAUAUUUUUAAUAUAUGAAAGUGAUUUAUAAGAUAACGCGAUAUUAUUGUGGACUAUUUUUAAUAAAUAUAGGUAACCUCCAAGUUAUUGGAUAAAAAUGCAAAGUAAUGGCCAUAAACAAAAUUAUAUGUUUAUAAGUAGUUUUUAAGACUGUGCUUGUGUCGACCCGCGGGUAUAAAUAAUUUAGUGUCACAUUGUUAUAAGCAUUUUUGGAGUAAUUAUUUAAUACAUUCGGCCUUUCUGCCAGAAGUUUUACCUUUGCCUAUCGAUCGACAUGUUUUAAGUAUUAACCACAGUUUUACAUAUCAGACAGUUGCGUAAUUAAUGUAUUAGCGUAGAACAAAAGUGGAGUAUUUGCGGGGAAUUGGGCGCCGCGGACCGUGUCCCUCAAACAUGCAUAGUUUGCGGGAUCGAGCACUAAGGGUAGACGCGUGCGUGAUUUGAAAUAUUUUUGACUACGUCUAACGUAUUCUACAAAAAUCGUUGUACGUCUAACAUGGUGCACACAAACUAUUCUGUGUACAGAUGUGAUUCGACAUCGAAAUAGUAUUACAGAUAAAUUAUUAUACUUCCUAAUUACAAUUUAAAUCACAACUAUGCUCACGUGGCUCACGUUGUUUUAUGAUUAAAUUGUUAAUAUAUUAUACAUGUAGUUAAAAUUUUGUAACUGAAAACAUCUCAAAAUAAAGUAUCACGUAAAUAUUUGUCAUUGCAGUAAGUCUAUUACUUAUCUCUUAUUGUCAUAAACCAUUCAUCAUCAUCUUCAACAUACGUCCCACUGCUGGGCACGGGUCCCUUUAGGCCAUAGUUCGCCGCGCUGGCCCAGUGCGGAUUGGGGACUUGUUUCGACGUGCAGGUUUUAUUACAAUGUUUUCCUUCACCGAAAAGCUCAUGGUAAAUUUCAAAUAAGAAUUCCGAAAACUCGGAGGUGUUGGGUCCGGAUUCAAACUCAUGAUAAAUAAACGUUUUAAUAACCAUCACAAUUACUUUUUUCCAUUUCGUGACAAUCCUUACAUAUCUGCGUAUGAUAGUGUAAUUACCUACACGGGCGACGGCAUCGCCGAACUGUAGAUUAGAUGUUGUAACACUGUGGUACUACUAAAAACAUUCCUGAAUACUAUUGAUAAUAAUUUAGUAUGUGUUCUGUCUAUAUAUUAAGUAUAUACAAGGUAUAUUGUAUGUUUGUAGAUGGAUCAAAUAAGUCGGUUUUCGCCCGCGACGCUACACGGGUACGAGAGAGCGGGCUUAUAUUGCAGUGCAAUGCACACGAGGUGAAAGUAUUUGCAACUAGUUCUAACGACAGUAUAUUAUGUUAUGUGCUAACGCAAUAUAGGUUCGUUAAUUUAUUUAACGUAGAUACAGUGUGGUUUGGAAGACUUUGGUCUAGCUACAAAUGUCCGUAAAUAGAUCGAAUCUCGGGAAUGUAAUCUCGUGUGAAAUUAUCGUCUUGUCGUCAUUCCCAGCGCGACUGUAGCGUCGCGGACGAGGACUGACUUAGGUGGUUUAAUAAAUGUGCUGUUUCGCAUAGAUUGUACUGUUACUAAGAUGUUCAAUUUUUAGAAUCUUUACCUAAUGCCACGAAUUUAGACAGACAUUUUAUAAUACGAACUUUAACAAAAAUGGCGAGCUAAGCUGGUUUCUCGUACACACCGAAUUUUGACAAAGUCUAAGCAAGAAAUUUAUUGAAUAAAACAAUAUUACACAUUGAGUUUACUUCGUAAUUUCUUGCUUAAAUAUACUGAUGCUGUAAAAACUCAAAACCGAGAAAAUAAUAUUUAAAGUCACAAAAUUAAAAAAAUAUCUACUUUUCUCAGGUGGUAACUUCAUACCUUAUCCACCUAGCAAAAAAUAAAAAUAGUGACAGAUUGGCCUCCUUUUUACUGAUCAUGGCGAUAUACAUAAAAAACAUUUUGAAAAAUGUCAAAUACGUUUUAACUAAAGGCGGCAGUAUAGGUAAAGUUGGUUUUGUAAAUACGAAAGACUUGGUUAGCUCGCUAUUUUUUAUUAGUCGAUGUCAAAGUUCACAUAGCCUUAACGCCUACAAGUUAGACGUUUGUACAGGUGAGGCUGUGGCGCUGCAGCCGCGGCACUACUAAUUUUCCUACAAUAUCUAGUGUGCAAAAGUGGCGCGACUACAGCACCACCGACGCACCACUUUAGCGCUUCUACGAGCAUCUAAUUUGAAGGCGCCCUAAGUGUUAAUAGUCGGUAACAAUCAAAUAUUUUUGGGGUCAUGAGACCUAAAAUUGUCUACACUAAAUUCCUGGUAAAAGUAUUGUUCGAUCAAAAUUUGUCCUAUGUAAACCAUGUUCGUGUAACUUUGUAAACGUAAUCAAUGCAUAUAAAGAAACUGUAGUAGUGUCUGUUCUAUUGUCAGUCAGUGUAGGGACUAUUGGGUAAUUUUCAGGUUAGUUUCUCUACCUGAUUUCGGUGGCAAUUUUUAUUGUUUAAGUAUUCUAGAAUAUUAUCAAGAAGUAUUACUUAAUAUUCAAGUGUAGUAUCUUGAAAUAUUAUUUAAAAUUUCACGAUAGUAUGCUCGAAUACCUAAAUAAUAAAAAUUGCCACCAAAAUUAGGUAGAGACAAAUAACUCGAAAAUUACCCUAUACAAAAUGUGUGUAUGUUUUUCUGUCUUUCCAGCUUUACUACAACAACUACUUGACAGAUCUCAAUUAACUUUAGCACAAUUAUCAUUAGAUAUAGAAUAUAGUUCGUUACCGUAAUUUCGCGAAAUUUUAAUAUAGACCUUAGGUUACCUAAUAAUUGUGAACGACAAUCUUUACGUCUUUGCACUUAGAUAGGAUUUUUAUGCGAGAUAAACCCAAAGGAUUGUAAAUAAACCUUAGAAGUGAGAUUGCCGCAAGACAUUCGGCUAUCGGAAUUAACGUAAAAUGUUUUCGUUACUUUAUACACGUUUAUUUGUAAAACACUAACAAUUUCGGAGGAUUAUAUUACUAAUAUAAACAACAACUUUUGUUCGAGGACUUUUAAUAAUUCAUCAUAUUUUACUUUCGUACAAAAAUAAAAAUAUUUAAAUAGAUCACUUUAAACAGUGAUAACUCUGUGCGAUAACGAAAGAAAGCGCACGUGUCAAUACCAAGACGAUGCAAAAUUCUGGAACCGGGGUAGGGGUCGUCGGGCUGUACGCCUGGGUAAUUCUCAGGUAAGUUUUUUGUAUUAAAUUUUGGUGACAAUUUCUUUUGAUUUAAAUAUUUAUAGAAUAUCAAUCUGAAGUAUUAUUUAAUACUCGAGUGUGGUAACCUGAAAUAUUCCUUAAUAUUUCACGAUUCGAGUAAUUAAAUAAUAAAAAAGUCACCAAAGUUGAGCACAGAAAACUGAAACUAACUGGCCUGCACGUUUGAACUUACUACGUUACUACCAAACACAGAAAAACUUUCAUAGAUUUCUCACAGAUGGCGCUACUCCAAAAGUCAUUACAAACCAAAAGCAAAGAUCUGCAACAAACAGAUGGAAAAAUUCGUGAGGUCCAUUGAUUCGUUCCGUGGUUUAGUUGGCGUAGCGUAUGGCACGGUUUGCUAGGAGACGUUGAUUCGAAUCAAAAAUAAA